AUGACCUACGAAUGCGAGUACCUCUUCCGCCGCGGCUCGGAGGGCUGGUCGCUCUCGCGGAUAGAGGAUCCGUCCGAUGAGGAUCCGGUGCGCUAUGUGGUGCUUGCGAGUCUUGCGGAGGCGCUGGUGGACGCGUUCAAUUGGAAGUUAGAUCUGGGGUUUAGACGGGGCGGCAGGCCGUGUGACCAGUCUGAGGAGAGGGCGACGAAUUUUGUGAGGGAGGUGGCGCCGGAGUGGACGGGGAAGGUUGGGGCGGUGGAAAAGAGGGUGAGCCUGAUCGAUCGGGAGAGUGAGCCGUUUGCGAAGGCGGAUGAUAAUUUCUCGAGGAGAAAUAUUGAGAGUAGCAUGGGAUAUCUGUAUACUGUAUAA